AGAAGACUGACAGAAGAAGCAGCUAGCUGAACAGCUAUAAGAUGCCCAAAUCUGGGUUCACAAAACCAGUUCAGAGUGAAAAUUCUGACAGUGACAGCAAUAUGGUAGAAAAACCAUAUGGAAGAAAGAGUAAAGACAAGAUUGCAUCCUAUAGCAAAACUCCAAAAAUUGAUCGAAAUGAUGUGGGCAAGGAGAUGAAAGAGAAAUCAUCCAUGAAACGUAAACUUCCUUUUACCAUCAGCCCAUCAAGAAAUGAAGAACGAGAUUCAGACACAGAUUCAGACCCAGGACAUACAAGUGAGAAUUGGGGGGAGAGACUUAUAUCUUCUUACAGGACAUGCUCAGAGAAAGAAGGUCCAGAAAAGAAGAAAACCAAAAAGGAAGCUGGAACUAAGAAGUCCACUCCAGUUAGCAUUCUCUUUGGUUACCCACUCUCAGAGCGAAAGCAGAUGGCACUUCUUAUGCAGAUGACAGCACGGGACAAUAGUCCAGAUACCACACCAAAUCAUCCAUCGCAAACACCAGCCCAAAAGAAAACUCCCAGUUCCUCAUCUCGACAAAAAGAUAAAGUUAAUAAAAGAAAUGAACGUGGUGAAACUCCUUUACAUAUGGCAGCUAUUCGAGGAGAUGUAAAACAAGUCAAAGAACUAAUAAGUUUAGGGGCAAAUGUGAAUGUGAAAGAUUUUGCAGGUUGGACACCACUGCAUGAAGCUUGCAACGUGGGAUAUUAUGAUGUUGCUAAGAUACUGAUAGCAGCUGGAGCAGAUGUUAACACACAAGGAUUAGAUGAUGACACUCCACUCCAUGAUUCCGCUAGUAGUGGGCACAGAGAUAUUGUGAAACUGCUGCUUCGUCAUGGUGGAAACCCUUUUCAAGCUAAUAAACAUGGGGAGCGUCCAGUGGAUGUGGCAGAAACAGAGGAGCUGGAGUUGUUGCUGAAAAGGGAGGUGCCUUUGUCUGAUGAUGAUGAGAGUUACACAGAUUCUGAAGAGGCUCAGUCUGUAAAUCCUUCCAGCGUUGAUGAAAAUAUUGACUCUGAGACAGAGAAAGACUCUCUCAUCUGUGAAAGUAAACAGAUAGUUCCCAGUAAAGCACCUCUUCCAUCUGCCCUUGAUGAGUAUGAGUUCAAAGAUGAUGAUGAAGAAGAAAUAAAUAAAAUGAUUGAUGACAGGCAUAUUCUUAGGAAAGAACUGCGAAAAGAGAAUGAAUCUGAAGUAGAAAAGAGUAGUUUAUUUGCAAAACAGGAAAAAGCUUUCUAUCCUAAAUCAUUUAAAAGUAAAAAACAAAAGCCAUCUAGGGUCUUGUAUUCAAGUUCUGAAAGUUCAGAUGAAGAAAUUCUUCAGAACAAAAAGUGUUCUGCUCCAUGUUCUGUUCCUGAAACAUCAAAUUCUGAUAUUCAAACCAAAAAGGAAUAUGGAGUUUCAAAUGAACACAAACAGAAAGGCAAAGUUAAAAGAAAAUUAAAGAACCAGAACAAAAAUAAAGAGAACCAAGAGCUGAAGCAAGAAAAAGAGGGGAAAGAAAAUACCAGAGUAACAAACUUGACAGUUAAUACUGCACUAGAUUGUUCAGAUAAGACCAGAGAUGAGGGGAAUUUUAGGAAAUCUUUUAGCCCGAAAGAUGAUACUUCAUUACAUUUAUUUCAUAUUUCCAGUGGUAAAUCUCCCAAACAUUCUUGUGGACUCAGUGAAAAGCAGUCAACACCACUAAAACAAGAACAUUCUAAAACCUGUUUAUCACCAGGAAGUUCUGAAAUGUCAUUACAGCCUGAUCUUGUUCGGUAUGACAAUAUAGAAUCUGAAUUCUUGCCAGAAAGUUCAAGUGUAAAAUCUUGUAAGCAUAAGGAGAAAAACAAACAUCAUAAAGAUUUCCACUUAGAAUUUGGUGAAAAGUCAAAUGCCAAAAUAAAAGAUGAUGAUCACAGUCCAACAUUUGAAAAUUCAGAUUGCACACUGAAAAAAAUGGAUAAAGAGGGUAAAACAUUAAAAAAACAUAAGUUAAAACAUAAAGAAAGGGAAAAAGAAAAGCAUAAAAAAGAAAUUGAAGGUGAAAAGGAAAAAUACAAAAGUAGGGAUGGUUCUAAAGAGCUGCAACGGAGUGUGGAAUUUGAUAGAGAGUUUUGGAAAGAGAAUUUUUUUAAAAGUGAUGAAACUGAAGAUCUAUUUUUAAGUAUGGAACAUGAGUCCCUAACGUUAGAAAAAAAGUCAAAGUUGGAGAAAAACAUAAAAGAUGAUAAAUCAACCAAGGAAAAGCAUAUCUCCAAAGAGAGAAACUUUAAAGAAGAACGGGAAAAGAUUAAAAAGGAAAGUGAGAAAUCUUUUAGGGAGGAAAAAAUAAAAGAUUUAAAAGAUGAGAGAGAGAAUGUACUUACAGAUAAAGAAACAGAAUUCAGCUCUUUAGGUGUAAGUGCCACUGAAGACACUAUAGGGUUACAUUCAGGGGAAAAAGAAAUAGAAAUUGAAAAGCAUAUGAAAGAAAGUAAGGAAAAAUCUGAAAAACGAUUUCAAACUAAAGAUAGGGACAUUGAGAGGGCUGACAGAAAAAAUUCUGAAAAAGAGAAGAAGAUAAAACAUGAGCAUAAGUCAGAGAAAGACAGAUUAGAUCCUAGUGACUCUGUCGACAGAAUAAAAGAAAAGGACAAGCUAUAUUCACAUCACACAGAAAAAUGCCAUAGAGAAGGUGAGAAGCUAAAAAACAUUACUACCAUUAAAAAAAACGAUGACAGAGAUAAAAGUAGAGAAAAGAUGGAUAGGAAACAUGACAAAGAAAAACCUGAGAAAGAGAGACAUCCAGCAGAGAGCAAAGAGAAGCACUUGAUGGAAAAAAAAAACAAGCCAUCAGAUAGUAGUGACUAUUCUAAAUCAGAAAAAAGCAAAAAUAAAGAAAAAGAUAGGGAGGUAGAUAAAAAGGACAAAUCUAGAGACAGUGUAAAUAUAAGUAAUUCCAAACACUUCCAGGAAGAGAGAAAGUCAAGUAUAACAGACAGUAAUAAAGCACAACAUGAAAAAACUUUCUCUCUCAAAGAAAAAACAAAAGAUGAACCUUUAAGAACUCCUGAUGGAAAAGAAAAAGAUAAAAAAGAUAAAGAUAUAGAUAGAUAUAAAGAACGAGACAAACAUAGGGAUAAAAUUCAACUGAGUAGUUCACUCAAACUAAAAUCUGAAGCAGAUAAGCCUAAACCUAAGUCAUCACCAGCAUCAAAAGAUACUCGGCCCAAAGAAAAGAGGCUCGUGAAUGACGACUUAAUGCAGACCAGCUUUGAAAGGAUGCUAAGCCUUAAAGACCUGGAAAUAGAGCAGUGGCACAGAAAACACAAGGAAAAGAUUAAGCAGAAAGAAAAGGAACGGUUGAGAAAUCGCAAUUGUUUAGAACUUAAAGUAAAAGAUAAAGAAAAAACAAAGCAUGCACUGGCUGAGUCCAAAAAUAAAGAACUUACUAGAUCAAAGAGUUCUGAGUUGACUGAUACUUACACUAAGGAGAAACACUGUAAAGAUGCUGUAAGUAAUAGAUCCCAAUCUGUGGACACCAAAAAUACAAUGAGUUUAGGCAAGUCAUCCUUUGUUUCAGAUAAUAGCUUGAACAGGUCUCCUAGAUCAGAAAGUGAAAAGCCAGGUCUCAGCUCCAGGUCUGUCUCCAUGAUUUCAGUGGCUAGCUCAGAAGAUUCCUGCCUUACUACAAUGACAACCCCAAGGCCUCCAGUUGAGUAUGACUCAGAUUUUAUGUUAGAGGGUUCGGAUUCUCAAAUGUCCUUUUCCCAGUCACCGUUUUUGCCAGUUGCCAAAUCUCCUGCCCUUCAUGACAGGGAGCUAGAUAGCCUGACUGACCUAUCAGAGCGGAUUAAAGCAUCGUAUGCUAGCAGGCUUCUGACUUCCCAUCUCCGGGCAUCUUCUGUCGAAGAUGCUAAACUAGUUACAAAUGAAGGGAGAUCAGCUGCAGAAGCCCGAAGAUGUAGCAUGCCCUCUGUCAUUUGUGAGCAUACAAAGCAAUUCCAAACAAUAUCAGAAGAGAGCAGUCAAGAUGGCUCAGCUGUGCCAAGAGAUAUUUGUCCUUCUCCCAAAUCUGAGGUAUCUUCCAACGUGCCUGAAAGAGAACUUUUGAGCGUGUCUAACAUACAUUCCAGUUUUGCAGCCUCUCCAACAAGAUCUAUAAACAGCAAAUAUAAUUCUGCUGAUACAAAUGUCAUCAAGGGCACUGCUCCCAUGGGCAUGCUGAUGGGCAGUCCUGUGCACUUAGAGCUCUCUAAUCAGGUUGGUGUGAUCCAAAGUAAGUCAUGGGAGAUGGAGUCGUUAAACACCGGGGACUUUAGCUGCCCAAAUUCUGCUGCACCUGAUCAAGAUUCUUCUGUUCAGGGUUUUUGUAAUCCUGAAAACAAAGUAUUGAGAGAACAGAAUAUUGAUUUUGUGUCCGUGCACCAGACUGAAUUGCCAGGAAACACUUGUGCUCAGGAUCCAGCGUCCUUUGUCCCUUCCCAGCAACCUUGCUCUUCUCACAGCCAAUCACUUUCAGAUGCUGAAUCUAUUUCCAGACAUACUUCUUUGUCCUAUGUCACCACUCAAGAACCAGGUAUUCUACAGCAGAAAAAUGCAAUUCAAAUGAUCAGUUCUGUUUUGGAUACUGAUACUGAACCUACAAAAGAUAUGGAAAAUACUUUUGUCCUAACAGACGUUCAGAAGACAGAUGCCUUUGUCCCAGUGUACUCUGAAAGCACUGUUGAAGAAGCAUCACCAAAUUUUGAGAAAGCUAGUACUUUGCCAGUAUUGACAUCAGAAAAGGACUUUAAUGGAAGUGACGGGUCUUCCCAGCCAAAUCCUCAUUACGCAUUUAGCAAGCUAAUGUUUAAGUCUUCCAGUGGCCAUGAGGCUGAAAAAAGCACUUCUGAUACUCAGGAUGCUUCACAUGAAAAAGAAAACAAACUGGAGAGUUUGGUUUUGACUCAUUUAAAUGAUAAGUGUGAUUCUGAUUUAUGUGAAAUGAAUGCAGGAGUGCCAAAAGGAAACCUGAGUGAACCAGAUAAUCCAAAACAUUGUCCUGAAAGUGAGAAGUGUUUGCUUUCCAUCGAGGAUGAGGAGUCACAACAGAGUACUUUAUCGAGUCUGGAGAACCAUCCACAGCCAUUGGCUCCACCAGAAAUGCAUAAAUACGGACACUUAGUUAAAGUAGAACUAGAGGAAAGUGCUGAAGAUGAUAAACCUGAAAACCAGAUCCCUCAGAGGAUGACCAGAAACAAAGGAAACACAGGAGCCAGUCAAAGCAAGCAGCUUCUGGCCAGCUGUGCACUGUUGCCAGACAAAGACAGUGAGUCUGCGUCCCCUCGAGGAAGAAUAAGAUUAACUGAGGAGGACGACCCUCAGAUUCACCACCCGCGGAAAAGAAAAGUGUCUCGGGUGCCUCAGCCAGUGCAAGUGAGUCCGUCUCUGCUGCAAGCAAAAGAGAAAACCCAGCAGUCCCUGGCUGCCAUUGUGGACUCGCUGAAGCUCGAUGAGAUCCAGCCAUACAGCUCAGAGCGCGCAAAUCCCUAUUUUGAAUACUUGCACAUAAGAAAAAAGAUUGAAGAGAAGCGCAAGUUGUUAUGUAGUGUGAUCCCUCAGGCACCUCAGUAUUACGAUGAAUACGUGACAUUUAAUGGGUCAUAUCUCCUGGACGGAAACCCCUUAAGCAAGAUCUGCAUACCCACAAUUACACCCCCACCUUCACUGUCAGAUCCACUUAAAGAGCUUUUUCGACAACAGGAAGUUGUCAGGAUGAAACUACGUUUGCAGCACAGUAUUGAAAGGGAAAAACUCAUUGUAUCCAAUGAACAGGAGGUUCUUCGGGUUCAUUACAGAGCUGCAAGGACACUGGCAAAUCAGACACUGCCAUUCAGCGCAUGCACAGUUCUCCUGGACGCAGAAGUGUACAGCGUGCCCCUGGAUGCCCAGUCUGAUGACAGUAAAACUUCUGUGAGGGAUCGCUUUAAUGCAAGACAGUUCAUGUCAUGGUUACAAGAUGUGGAUGAUAAAUUUGACAAAUUAAAGACCUGUCUUUUAAUGAGGCAACAGCAUGAAGCUGCAGCUUUAAAUGCCGUCCAGAGGUUAGAAUGGCAGCUCAAACUCCAGGAACUUGAUCCUGCCACCUAUAAAUCUAUCAGCAUCUAUGAAAUUCAGGAGUUUUACGUUCCCCUGGUUGAUGUUAACGAUGACUUUGAAUUGACUCCUAUAUAGCAGCCGUUACUUCCUGAUGGUGUCUUAAACAAAUGAGGCUCAAGAGUUACGCUGUGGAAUGCUGCCUUUUGACAAAAAUACGAUAUUAUGCCUUCACAAUUGUUAGUAAAGUUCAACUAAAGUUGGUGAUGUAGUAAACACUGUCAUUUUAUUAAAAACGAAAAGAAUUAUUUUGGAUCUUAGAUCCAAGCAGUUUCUAACUGAAAACUACUAUUUAUAUUGGUGGAAGGUGACUCACAUUGGAGCCCGUUGGCAGAUGUCAUAGUUGAGUAGGGAGCAGAGGGGCUGCUAAUGGCGCUGGAAGCUGUUAGCGCUCUGUGUACGAGGUGACUGCGGGUGUUCAGGUUCUGUCACAGUCUGCUAAGAUAGAUCAACAAACUAAAAGGCGCAGUUUCUAAUGUGGAAGGAAAACUUGGCACAAAAUUUCUUCAGUUUAUUUUAUCUGUAAGUUAAUUGUAUAGCUUUCUUUUCGAAAGUUUUAAUAUUGUCUUCCUUUUUAAUAACUU